AUGGAUAUGAAUGUCACAGCCUGGGAGAACAAUCUCACAAUAAUCUUUGGAAGUGAUGAGGAAUUUUAUCACUAUUAUACAUGGAAAAUAAUCCUGGAAGUACUGACAGUCAUCGUGGCCCUGGUGGGGCUGGCAGGGAACACAGUGGUGAUCUGGCUGCUGGGCUUCCGCAUCCGCAGAAACACCUUCUCUGUCUACAUCCUCAACCUGGCGGGGGCCGACUUCCUCUUCCUCUUCUGCUUUAUUAUAUAUCUUUUAGAAUCAAUUUUCAGCUUAGAUUUUAUCAUGGAAGUAACUAUGAGAUUUCUCCCGCUUGUGGGAACGUUUGCCUACAUCUCAAGCCUGAGCAUUCUCAGUGUCAUCAGCACGGAGCGCUGCAUGUCUGUCUUGUGGCCCAUCUGGUACCGCUGCCGCCGCCCCACUCACAUGUCCACUAUCAUGUGUGCCCUGCUCUGUGCCCUGUCCCUGCUGCUGAGCAUUCUGAAAGAAUACUACUGUAGCAUUAGGCAUUCGAGUGUGCAUCGUGUUUGGUGUCAAGUGUUCAAUUUCAUUAUUGUGGCAUGGCUGAUUUUUUUAUUUUUGCUGCUCUCUGGGUCCAGCCUGGCCCUGAUUUCCAGAUUGUUGUGUGGCUCCCAACGGGUGCCCCCUACCAGGCUCUAUGUGACCAUCAUGAUCACUGUACUGGUCUUCCUCCUCUGUGGCCUGCCCUUUGGCUUCCACUGGUUCCUCACGAUCUGGUUACCAAAUGAAUAUCUUACAGUCUUUCCUGUUCGCAUGAUUGUAGAACUUCUGUCCUGUGUCAACAGCUGUGCCAACCCCAUCAUUUACUUCUUUGUUGGCUCCUUCAGGCAGUGA